CCAGUACACUUAGAAGAAGAAAUAGCCACGAUUGAAACCAAACUAAUCAAACUAGCCAAACGUUACGAUUCCAAAGCACUAAACAAGCGGGGCAAAGAGGCUAAGAAAGAAGAAGAAGAACUAGAGCAAUUGUCGAAAAGGGGAGAUUUUAGAGCACUGGCCGAACUACUCCUAAAAUCGGACAAAGAGGUAGAAAAAGGAGUAUCUAAAGCUGAGUUGGCAAUGUUAGAUAAGGCCAAAGCAAUUAUAAACGCUACAAAUCCAGAAGUAGACGAAGUGAUGACAGGUAGUAAACCCACAAAGGCAGACAUAGUAUACGGGGCGAUCCAGCGCAAGCUAACUCAAAUCAGUGGAUAUAAAGAAAUGAAGGCCCCAAAAGCGAUUGGUCCCAAGCCCAUAAAGUCACAACCAUCCAUCUUACCAGCCCAACUAAGCGUCUCCCAAACAAAUGAACCUGACAUAAACAACGACACACUUCACCUAAAAGACAGCACAAUCGAUUCUAUUCCUAUUCUCUACAAAGCCAAUCCUUGUUUAAACCUUAUACCCCGUGCGCAAACUUUCGAUCAGAAAUCAACUCCGAUUGAAGAACUUGAGUCAUUUUUUGAUAGCGAUAUAAUUAAACUAUCCGAGUUGAAGCAAAAGAAUUGUACACUUAAGUUAAACUCAAAGGAAGAAAAGCUUCUCCAGAAGUUUCUAAGUAUCAGCAACAAUCGUAUAGCAACAUAUAAACCACUCCCUGUUUGGAAAAUGUUUGAUAUCAACAGAGCUAAUCAACCCCAAAAGUAUGGACUAUCUGCCACUGCGUUGCAUGCUAAAGAUAUGUUUCUCCAGCGUCUUGAUUGGAAAGAAAGUGAACUGAUGGGGGUAUUAGAUGUCUUAAAGAAGUUCAGUAAAAUCAUACUCAAUGUGGAAAAAGUCUGGCUAUGGUAUCCUUGCAACUCUGCAGGUUGGUUGGUCCUAGCCCAGCUCUUAACACUGCUCGAAAACUCAGAGUUGAGUGCUAGGAUGAAACCUCUUGAGAUUCUUAUCACUUUGCCGAACAUAACUUGCCCUUCUUCUGUGCUAUCAUUCAACAAUGUUGAUUUGCAGACCCAAUUCCGAAAGCAAAUUGAGAAGAUUGAAAAGUCGCGAUACAUUAUCACCAUGGAUAGUCAUAUGCUCACAUCAAAUGUGCAGGAGUUCAUUUGGCCACUAGUAACACAUUUAUCAAUAUCCAGAAUAGAUCUAAUCCAUCCCAUUAUAACCAAGAUAGACUUUUUCGAUGACGUCAACUGGGUAGACCAUUUCAGCCUCAAAAUACACUUAGACUACAAAGAGGACACUAUUGUUAGUUUAGGAGCCAGGACCGCGAAAGGUAAAGUUCUCCCAACCUGUGAAUACCUAAACAUCUGCACAAACUAUCCAUACCCAAACACCCCCCUAGAAUCUACCAGCACCUCGAAGAUCUAUGUCGUAAACCUUGAUGGAUAUCUACAACCCAAAUCUUCUAAUGAGAAGGACAAAUUCUUAACUACAAAUCUAUUAUUGACCGCUGAUGUUUUAGUAUCCUAUGCAACCUUU